UACACGACCGUUUACAAAAAGUAGUACCGUCACGAAUCUACACAUUUUUUUUAUAAUUCGUACCGUUUAUCGUCGUUAUUAGACGGGUACCACAAUUGUCGGAGUGUAUCAAUCUGAAGCGAUCGUCAAAUCAGUUCAAUAUUGCCGGUGAAUAAAAUUUAAUUGCGACAUUAAAGUUAGUGGCCCAUCCCAGUUUGCUGUGAAUGUGUGUGCCGUUUAUCUGAGACUUUUGAAUCAAACUUAAUGGAUAACAUUUGCUAAUAACAUCUCUCAACUAAAAUGCCAGAAGAGAAGAAAAUGGCAGUCGACUCCGAAAUGGACAACGCCUCUCCAAUUAAAAAUAAAACUGCUACGGCAGGUCGGACAGCUUUAGCUCAGAUUGCCAUGCUAGAUGGUAGUCUUCUUGAUAUUUAUAUAGAGAAAAAAGCGAAAGGACUCGAAUUAUUGCAUAAAGUUUGUGAUGCCAUUAACCUAGUUGAAAGAGAUUAUUUCGGUUUAAUAUAUUCGGAUCGUCAUGACUCUAGAAAUUGGUUAGAUUUAGAAAAACGAGUAACUAAAUUCGUUAAAGUUGAACCCUGGAAGUUUAGUUUUGAAGUGAAGUUUUACCCGCCGGAUCCAGCUCAACUUCAAGAGGAUAUUACCCGUUAUCAAUUAUGCUUACAAAUUCGAAACGAUAUUUUGAACAAUCGAUUACCGUGUUCGUUUGUAACCCACGCGUUACUCGGGUCAUACUUAGUACAAUCCGAAUUGGGGGAUUACGAUCCGGACAGUAUGGGUCGCAAUUACUUACACGAAUUUAAGUUUGCCCCCAACCAAACGCAAGAGUUAGAAGAUAAAGUGAUGGAGCUUCAUCGAACGCAUAAAGGUCAAACGCCGGCUGAAGCGGAAUUAAACUAUUUAGAGAAUGCGAAAAAAUUGGCCAUGUAUGGCGUAGACUUACAUCCUGCUAAGGAUUCGGAAGGUGUCGAUAUAAUGUUAGGUGUAUGUGCCUCAGGACUGUUAGUUUAUAGAGAGCGAUUGAGAAUUAAUCGUUUCGCCUGGCCAAAAAUACUCAAAAUUAGCUAUAAGCGUCAUAAUUUUUACAUCAAGAUUCGUCCCGGUGAAUUUGAGCAGUUUGAGUCUACCAUUGGUUUUAAGCUGGCGAAUCAUAGAGCUGCGAAAAAGCUGUGGAAAACUUGUGUGGAACAUCACACGUUCUUUAGAUUAAUGACACCUGAACCCAAUCAAAAAGCUUCCUUGUUUCCGAGAUUGGGAUCAAAAUUCCGCUACUCUGGCCGAACUCACUACGAAACGAAACGUACGCCGAUCGAAAGACCUGCACCUCAAUUCGAACGUUCCCUCUCCGGUCGCCGCUUAGCAUCUCGUAGUAUGGAUGCUUUGGGAGGUACGCGUCCGGAGGAUGAUUAUAACGAAGCUAAUAAACGGCAUACGAUGUCUCAUCCGCCGGAACAUAUUCCUGAUAUUGAUAGUCAUAGCCCCGCUAAAGUGAAAUCUCCAAAGGAAAUUAAAGAGAAAAAAGAGAAGGACAAGCUUUCUUGGAAGAGAAGCACAUGGGCGACAUCGUCUAAUUCCGAUAGCUCUGUGGAAGGCGAAUUUGAAGUCGAAAAUAACGAGAAGAAACCAGUUGGUGGUAUUGCAGUGUUACCAACAGGUGGGCUUUUUGGUAAAAAGAAAGAGAAGGACGAGAGAGAUAAGGAAAAUCGUGAUGUAAAUUCGAUGAAUCAGAAUGGGAUGGAUACGGAACCGCAAUUGAAUUCUAACGUAGAUCCGGAAAAAACUACAAAAGAGAAGGAGAAAGUUAAGAGUCCCGGCUUUGGGUUUGGUUCGAAACGGGAAAAGUCUCCUAAAGAAAAAGAGGAAAAGGUUAAAAAACCAAAGUUAACGGAACCUUUACAAGCGCAAGAACCAAAAGGCGGUCCACCUGUAGGUUCUCCUCAGCUACCUGGAUAUACCCGAGAAUACGACUACGAUCAAUACGACGACAAGCCAACUCCACGUAAACCACAGGGAUUUUCAUACGAAAACCAAAGCUCUCCGAAAGACGAGGAACCUAUGCAAGUUUCUCCAUCAAGCAAACGCGCUACCGGGUUAGCGUUUAACUAUGCACCGGGUGAAGAGGAUAAUAUAAAGAAAGAUAAAGUUAAACCUGUAACCGAGGCGUUUCCAAAGAAAGAUAUAAAGGAUGACACUGCUGCUUUCUUAGCAGGUGAGCAAUAUGCGCACCCUGGUAAGACUGCUGAACCACCCGUGGUCACACCCGCCUUUGUGCCGGUUGCUGCUGCGACACCUGCUGUAAAACCGAAAGAAGUUACUCUAUAUGUCAUUACUGCAAAGAAAGAUACAAAGCUAGGAAAAUUAGAUAUCGAUAAUGGGCAUGUGGAUGUAGUUAAAGCUUCCAAAAAUCUCAAUGAUGGUACCAUCGAGUCCAAAUAUGGUCUUCUAGAUUUAAUGAAUGGUACUCUGACCAUAACCGACAGUGCAACAGGGCAGAAGGACGUAUUACAUGGACAUUAUGAUCCAAUAACAAAACAAAUGCUCAUAACAAAUGGUGCUGUUCUAAACCCAGAAACGGGCAGUCGAGAUCCGACUGUUGGUCAAAUCAUUUGCGUAUCAGAACGAAGUAUAUCACCGAAUAAGCGACCAGCGCGUUUGGUUAAAUUAGUUAUCAUAACGGGGAAGAAAGAUAAGACGGGUACCAUCGAGGUUGAUAAAGGUCAUUCCGAAACAAUAACUGCUACCUUUGAUCCCGAUUCGCAGUGUAUUUUAUCAAAGUAUGGAAAGUUCGAUUUGAAAACCAAACAAUUUAUGUCGAAAGAUAAGUCCGUACCUUUGGAGGUCGAGGAUAAUAACAAAAGGAUCAUAUUAAAGAGUGGUGUUGUUGAUCCAAAAUCGGGGAAAGUCGAUAAUAGUUUGGGUCAAAUCAUUACCGUACAUGACAGUGGGCGUCCUGUUGUGGUGAUUACCUCUGUGACUGCCAAACGAAAUCCGAACACCGGACAAUUGGAUCCCACAUUUGUUCAUAAAGACACUAGUAAUGGUUCAAUUGAGGAAAAUGGCAAUAUUACUACAAAGUACGGAGUAAUUGAUGUGCAGCACAAGAAAAUUUACUCGCAAGAUUCUACUACGGGAUCGCGCCAAGAAAGACCUGUACAGUUUGAUGGUGAAGGUAACGUUAUAAUUUUGAGUGGAAUUGUUAAUCCGAAAACUGGAAAAAUCGACAACGAAUUGACGCAAAUUAUUCAAGUUGGUCCUGAGAUUCAACCAAAAGUUACAGUUGCUUCGUCAACUGGGAAGGUGGAUAAAAAGGGUUUGGAUGUUAAAAGCGCCGUCCAUUCCACAUCUGAAGGGUUGCACAACCCAGAAACUAACAAGGUGUAUACUAAGUUUGGAGUCUACGAUCCUCUGCUUGAUACUUUAACUUCCAUGGAUUUUAAAUCUGGGAAACCCGACACUAAACAAGGUCAAUAUGACGUGAAUGGCAAUUGCGUACUUUUUAAGGGAAUUGUUAAUCCGAAAACUGGCAAAUCAGAUUCGGCACUAGGUCGAGGGUUAAAAAUUGAUGUUCAACAAGAAAGCGCUAAUCUUCCUGAGAAGAUUUCACAAUUGCCUAUCGCACGAGCACCCUCGCCCGAAGUAGCAGAAUCACCAGAAACGGGAAAACUGAUUAAGCUUAUGGUCAUUACAGCACGAAGAAACCCAAAAACAGGAGUUCUAGAUGUUGAGAAUGGUACAGUGGAUCAUUCUGUCGGAAUUUUGCAACCGUCUGGAGAAAUUGAUAGCAAGUAUGGGUUAAUCAAUCCCCAAACCAGCUCAAUUACUAUUGUUGAUCCGAAAACGGGCAAAAAAGAGGUGAUACAAGGUCAAAUGGAUCCGGCGUCCAAUCGAUUAGUGCUGCCCGGCCCUGCGGUUGAUCCCAAAACAGGACAGCUCGAUAAUAACUUGGGUCAGGUCAUAGUUAUGGUCGAUGAUAAUGUGAUUCCGACUGGUGGAAUAUCCGCCCAUCCCACACCAAAGAAACGUAUCAUUAAGAUUCUCGUAAUAACGGCGAAAAAAGAUCCAAAAACUGGCAAACCAGAACUGGAGAAGGGCGUCGUGGAAAAACGACUGGCAUCUGUUGAUCCAAUAUCUGGUAUAAUCGAUUCGAAAUAUGGAAAAAUUGACCCCGUGAACAAUAAAAUUCUGGUCAGAGAUCCGAAGACUGGAAAAGUUCUCGCGACUCCUUUGCGUGUUGAUAACGAAACUGGUCAAAUGUUUGUGAACGAAAAUGUGAUCGAUCCGAAAACGGGCAAAGUGGAUCAGUCGUUAUCUCAAGUCAUUAAUGUUGUGGAUCCCAAACAUCCGGUCGUUACCGUUGUCACAAUUACUGCCGGUAAAGAUCCAAAAACUGGCAAGAUUAACAAACAGGAUGGUAGAACCGAAAUUACCAAUGGUAAAUUAAAUACGGAAACAGGUGAAAUAGUUACCAAGCAAGGUACCAUUAAUUUGAAGUUGAUGAGGAUUGUCACCCGUGACCCAAAAACCGGACGAGUGUAUGAGAGACCAAUUCAAGUCGAUAAAAAUGAUAUUAUCAUUCCCUCGGGUGUUAUUAAUCCUGCCACCGGUAAAGAAGAUCCCAAUUUGGUGCAGGUUAUUCAAGUUGGACACGAAGUUGAUCCAGAAAUACGAAUUACCAGCUAUGUGGGAAAGGUUGAUCCUAAGAAAAAUGUUAUUGAUGAUAAGCAUGUGACUCCAGAGACGACUGUGGGACUAUAUAAUCCCGAAAAGAACGUAAUAUACACCAAAUAUGGUAUCUUAGAUCCGAUUGAAGAAUCUCUCGCUAUUGUGGAUCCCAAAACCUUUAAAGUGGACAAACGGGCUGGUUCAGUUGAGCCUAACACAGGAGAAGUCAUAUUUAAAGGUGGAUUUUGUAAUCCAAAAACGGGUAAAACUGAUUCGCAUUUUGGACGAGCCAUGUCUGUUCAUAUUGCUGAACCUAUUGUCGAUUCUGUAGCCGACCAACAACCAAUGGAUGGCAAGCCUAAAGAAAAAAUUGAAGUAUCCCCACUGAUUGCUGUACCAGCAAAGGUAACUCCUACGAAAACGGCUCCUAUAAGCCCUCCUCUUCCUGCUCCAUUGCCGCAUCAAAAAGGACGCGUUGUAAAAAUCUUGGUAAUAACCUCCAAGCCUGAUUACAAAACUGGAUUCGUUGACACCGAAAACGGAGAGAUCGAGCAAAUUACUGGCAACUAUGAUCCUCAAACUGGAUUUGUCGAAACAAAAUAUGGAUUAAUCGAUCCUGUCCAUGGCACUAUCGUUGUCAAGGAUCCUACCACUGGUCAAACUGAAGUCUUGCAAGGAAAGGUGGACCCCACAGGCGCAGUACAAGUUAUAAACAAUAAACUUGUCGAUCCGAAAACAGGCAAACCAGGACGAGGUCAAAUAUUUUCUAUUGUCGGGUUGAAACAAGCAAAGGAUAGUUCGCACGCACCAGUACCAAAGAAGCGCAUCAUCAAGAUAACAAUUAUAACUAGUAGAGUUGACCCAAAAACUGGAAAGAUCGACCCAGAUAAAGGUCAGAUUGAACAAUGCACCGGAACUGUCGAUCUUACGACUGGAUUAAUUGAAUCUAAAUAUGGAUUAAUUGAUCCCAAAAAUGGCAAAGUGAUCAUAAACGACCCCAAGACGGGAAAAGUCGAGGCUCGACAGGUAAGGAUUGAUGAAAACACUGGUCAGAUGCGCAUUGAUGGGGAAGUAGACCCAAAGACUGGUAAAGUUGAUAGCACUCACAGCAAAAUCGUGAGUGUAGCCGGAUAUAACGAUCCAAUUGUCGAGAUCGUAACGACAACAGUUAGGAGAGAUCCGCAAACUGGAUUGUACGAUAUGAAAAAUGGUCAAUUAGAAACGACAAAAGGAAAGAAGAAUUCCGCAUCGGGAGAAAUUACCACAAAAUACGGAGUAAUCAAUUUGAAGUUGAUGCGAAUAACAACCAGAAAUCCGAAAACAGGCCAGCUUGAAGUUAAACCUAUUCAGAUCGAUUCCAAUGGUAAUAUUUUGAUUACCAGCGGAGUUGUUGAUCCAAAAACGGAUACAGUAGAUCCAAGCUUGAGUCAAAUCAUUGAAGUUGGUUCAGAAAUUGAGCCUGAAGUACAGAUAACUACAUUCGCAGGUAAAUUAGAUUCUAAGAAGAAUAUCAUCGACACCAAGCAUGCGACACCAGAAAACAUCGAGGGCUUGUUCAAUCCAGAUAAUAAAAAAAUUGAAACAAAAAUGGGUCAAAUUGAUCCAUUGCACGGUACAUUGACGUAUGUUGAUCCCAGAACGGGUAACACUGAGGUGAAACAGGGAGUUAUUGAUCCGGAUACUGGGCAUAUUCUGUUUAAAGGUGGAGUUAAUCCAAAAACUGGAAAAUAUGAUCCGCAAUAUGCUAGAAUCAUUUCUGUAUUAAUCAGUGAACCAACAAUCGAUUCGGACGGCAAAAUAUCAAAGAAAGAUAUGAAAAAGGUAAAGAUAGAUCCGAAAACGAACCAGAUUUGGGUGUUCGACCACCAAGAUCCCAUCACAAAGCAGGAUGUAUACUCAAGUGGUCACGUGGAUCCGGUGACUGGGUACAUCAUCACUAUUUACGGCUAUAUUGACCCUAAAACGGGUACCAUCUCGAAACACUCCAAGGUGGACGAAAAUAUUGCUAAAAUUGACCCGGAAUCGAACCAAGUGUAUACGAAAACUGCGGAGGUCGACGAGUCGGGCAGUCCCAUUUAUUCGACAUCGCAGGUCGAUCCAGUUAACGGCGAUAUUUACACUAAAUAUGGCAAAAUUGAUCCUAAAACUGGAAAAUUAGUCAUUGUCAGGAUCUACCUGAUAUCACAGAAAGAUCCAAGCGGUAAAAUACAGGAAAUCGACCCUAAAGACUGUCAAAUUGAUGAAAGUACGGGACGAAUUAUUAACGUGACCACGCAAACUGUGUACAUGUACAACAUGAUCGAUCCAAAAACCGGCAAAAUUGUUCAGGUUGAUCCUAACGAUCCCGUCGUGAAGAGCGGAAAAACCAAGAUUACUCAAAUUAUGACGUUGUCGGGUGAAAUUGAUCCGGUCACCGGUCGAAUACACACGGAGUGGGGACAUAUCGAUCCGCAAACGGGCGAAAUCGAUCCGAAAACGGCGCGCAAAGAUCCGGUUACAGGCGAGAUGAUCCUAAAUUACGCCCAAAUUGAUCCGAGCCAUUUUACCGAUUUACAAAAUACGAAAAUGAAAAUUAUUCACAAGGAGUACAAAAAGGACGGUAGCUCGUCCGACGGCGAGAGUAGCGAUGACGAUUUGAACGAGUACGCCGUCGAAAAUCUUAAAGAUCUCACAAGUUUAAAGACGUUGCCGGCCAAGGAUAGCGUCAGUUCGCCAGUUAUUGUGAAAACUACAACUAAGCAGGUCGUAACAAAAGAUCGCGGUGGAGUUACUCAGAAUAUCGAGGAAUGGGUCGAGGAUGGCAGAACCGGAGAGGUGACUGUUUCGACGCACGUGAAUAAGGCCGACGCACCUGUUGAUGGUAAGUCACCUUUUGUAACUGCACGAGCUGUUACCACGCGCACUGCCACCACCCAUGAAGACUUGGGUACGAAUGCGCGUACACAACAAUUAGAGGAAAAGACGGUGGCUCAUUCCAUGACGUCAAGCGCUACCCGCCAGGAACAAAGAACUGUUACCCAAGAAGUUAAGACGACAAGUACUGUUGUUAGUGGAGAUCAGCUGGUUCGAAGAGAUAGUGUAGGCUCAACGAGCUCAGGUGAUUCUGGCACUCCUAUCGACCCUCCCGAUGAUUUACACAGCAAGGACGCACCUGGUGGUAUAGUGCACACCAAAAGUGUCGUCUACAGUGGAGAUCCCACCGUUACCCAAAUUAGUGCAACACAAGUGCCCGUCGUUGCUACGGAGGCGCGUAAAGUUCACGUAGAAUCCGACGAUGGAACUUACGCUGCGACCAGCGAAAUUGUUAGUUCUCAAACUAUCAGUUCAAAAACCCGUACUGUUGAAACGAUAACGUACAAAACUGAACGAGACGGUGUUGUCGAAACACGCAUGGAACAGAAGAUAACCAUUCAAUCAGAUGGCGACCCGAUAGAUCAUGACCGAGCACUUGCUGAAGCUAUUCAAGAAGCAACCGCAAUGAAUCCUGAUAUGACCGUAGAAAAAAUUGAAAUUCAACAACAAACUACACAGCAUUGAGAAAGAUUAUUAAAAUAAAUGGCAACAUACCUCUACUUAAAACGAUUAA